UGAGUACAGGUUCACGCCAACGGUGCAGAUGGUGUAUAUUCUCCUAGCACCGCAAUGGGAUUAGAUGAGGGGGAAAAAUGGGAGACAUUUCGUUGCUCACAUAGCAUCUUUGUUCUUCGUUUAAAUCCUCUGUUGGAUUAUGGCUCUUCUGUCAUCACCAAUCUCAUGCACCAACCAACCCCUGCCCUUUCUAACCCCGUGUCAAAGUCCACGCGCUCAGGCUCAGCCCACGGUCCAUGUGAGAAUCCCCUCGACCAACUCCGACUCCCAAGAUGACCCGAAUGCUCCCCACCAAAUGUUCGACAAAAUGCCAGACCGGCACUCCUACGCCUCCCGCUCGUCCACCUCUCUCAUCCUCGCCCACACCAAGCGUGGCGAAUUCUCUCGAGCAUUUGAGCUCUUCACUAAAAUGUCAAGGUCCGGCGGGACCCCUGACGAAUUCGCUCUCGGAAGCCUCCUCAAAGCCAGCUCUGGCCUCUCCGACGUCAGCCUUGGCGAGCAACUCCAUGCCAAGUCCAUACGUGCCGGCCUCGCUUCCGAGCCUGGCGUGCGUACUUCUCUGAUAACCAUGUACUCCUCCAAUGAGCUCUUAGAAGAAGCCCGCCAGGUCUUCGAUGAAGCCCCUCUAGACCAUGAGGCUGAUGUCCCCACUUGGAAUUCCAUUCUCUCUGCCUAUGUCUUCCAUGGCUGGUAUAUGGAGUGCUUUCUCUUGUUUGCGGGCAUGCUUGAGCUGGCACAGUUGAACCCAACUGAAGCAACAUAUGCGAUUAUGAUCAAUGCAUGCACAUCGAGCAAGGAGGUUGGAAUUGGAAAGGCACUACAUGCCAUGAUCGUUAAAGACCAAAUACUCAACAAGAUUAAGAUGCAUAACUCUCUCAUUACCAUGUAUUCAAAGUGUGGACUUUUGGAGGAUGCCAAGAAAGUUUUCAAGGCGAUGGACGGGACAAAUGUAGUUUCUUGGAAUGCCAUGAUUUCCGGGCUUGAACAACAUGGGGAGUGCGAGAACUCAAUAGAACUGUUCCGUAGGCUUACUGGAUUUGAAGGUCGGGUACUUGUGAGACCAAAUAGAAUUACAUUUCUCAGUGUACUCAAUGCUAUAUCUACUGCUUUGGCUUUCAAGCUAGGCCGGGAGGUUCAUGCUAAGAUGAUUCGAUCAGGGCUUGAAUUUGAGACAAGCAUAGGCAAUUCACUAAUUACUAUGUAUGGGAAGUGCGGUGAAGUGGCGAAGGGGAGGUUGGUCUUUGAGAGGUUGACUUCCCGUGAUGUUAUCACCUGGAACUCAAUGCUUGCUGGGUGUGCACAAAAUGAUCAAUUCAAGAGUUGUUGUGUGCUAUUUAGGGAAAUGCAGUCACAAGAAAACAAACCUGACAUUCACACUCUGAUCAUUCUUCUUGGAGGAUUGUCGUCGGAUCUUUUGGUGGCUACUUCUUGUAGGUUGGGAAGGCAGAUUCAUGCAUAUAUAUUAAGAAGAGCAAUACCAAGAGAACUGCUCCCAUCAGGAUAUAAUGCAGUCAUAACUAUGUAUGCAAAGAGUGAUAGGUUGGGGGAUGCCGAGAAAGUCUUUAAAGGGAUGGACGAGCAAGAUACCUAUACUUGGAAUGCAAUGAUCGAUGGAUAUUCCACAAAUGGCUACUUUGAUGAUGCUCUCACAUUCUUUGUAGACAUGCAUGAGCAAGGUUUGCAACCCAAUCACUCGACACUUUCACUACUUCUUGCAGCAUGCAGUGGAUUGGCUUCCAUUGAAUUGGGCAAGCAGCUCCAUGCUUUCACCAUAAAACACUGCCUCCAUCAUUGUAAUUCUCAUCCUACUCUCUUGUCAAUCAACAACGCAUUGAUAUCCAUGUAUUCCAAAUGUGGCAGCAUCUGCGAUGCAGAAAAAGUAUUUAAGAGGAUAACAAGGAAGGAUGUAUUCUCAUGGACAUCCAUGAUCACUGGGUAUGCACACCAUGGAAUGGCCUCUGAAUCCCUUCAACACUUUGGAAGAAUGACAAGAGAUGGUGUUCGGCCCAACUCAGUCACCUUUCUUGGGUUGCUUUCUGCUUGUGCUCAUGCAGGUUUAGUCAAAGAAGGGAUGCACUAUUUUGCUUUAAUGAGGAAGGAAAGUGAUACAAAACCAAGACUUGAGCAUUAUGCUUGCAUGGUAGAUUUGUUCGGUCGUGCUGGCCAAUUUAAGACAGCGCAAGCUAUUAUUUGGGAUGGAAUUUCUUGCCUGAGGUUGCAACAUAAUUCUUCUUUAUGCCUCUGGAAAGUACUUCUUGGCACAUGCCAUGCACAUAAGCAACUUGAUCUUGGAGUCCAUGUCGCAACUAAGAUUUUAGAGCUGGAACCUGAUGAUGAGACUACAUAUGUCCUCCUCUCAAAUCUAUAUGCUUCAUUUGGCUUGUGGGAAGAUGCGAUAAGUGUGAGAAGCAUGAUGAGAGAGAGAGGACUGAAGAAGGAAGCUGGAUGUAGCUGGGUCGGGGUUGAAAAUAGAAUGCAUGUCUUCGUAGCAGGAGAUGGUUGCCACCCAAACCGAAAGGCGAUCUAUAAGGAACUUGAGGAGUUGGAUGAGAAGUGUAGAGCCAUUGGAUAUGUUCCCAUGACGGAGAGUGUUCUCCAUGAUGUUGAUGAGGCUCAAAAGGAAUUGAUUUUAAGUUGUCACAGUGAGAAGUUAGCUGUAUCAUUUGUAGUACUGCAGACAGGGCAAGGAAGGGAGUAAUUCGGGUGAUGAAGAACCUCCGUGUCUGUGGAGAUUGUCAUAAUUGGAUGAAAUUUGCUUCAGAGGUCACAGGCCGACAGAUUG